CAACUUACCAGACAGGAAGGCAAUGUGUGUUUGAUGUGAGUUGGCUGGGAACUGUCAGAAGGGACGAUUGAAGUGACGCAAGCAUCAGGAGCACUGAAACCACAGCGAAGAACAAGUUUUGAAGAGACAUACUCCCUUUUUGGAUUACAAAAUUAAAACACUGACUCAUCAAAUCCCUCUGGACCAGACCAUUGAGAAACAGAAAAGGAUUCUUGCCAAAAAAAAAAAAGACAAUCAAUGGCUGUCCACCUGCCACCUGUGUGAGUGUAGUUCUAUUCCAAGAACUGGGAUGAUGCUUUCUAACUGAUUCCUAUAGAAGCCUACUACUGUCAGUAAUGUUCACCCCCAGGAAGGACAGUCUUUCCUCACCCAGUCUGGAGGACUCCUUCUUCCCUCUCUCCUCAUCCUCCUCAGUGUCUCUCUCCUUUGCUCUCCCCACAUCCACAUCCUCUCCUGGCAGCACUGACAGUGGAGGAGAGCUAGAGACCGACCUGAUACUCGCUGCAGAGCUCGGCCAGGCUUUGCUGGAGAAGAAUGAGGAGCUGGCGGCCUCUCUGGAGCAGAGGGAAAGGGAGAUGGAGGCUUUGCAGCAGGAGAAGCAUGUUCUUCAGAGGAAGCUGGACAUGAAUGAACUGACAUCAGGACAGAGGGAGGCGGAGCUGACUGCAGAUUUAGCCGCCUUGAGGGUUGAGCUGGAGAAACAUCACAGUCAGGGGCGUGACCGGCGAAAAGAUGAGAGCGAGCAGAUGACUCAGUUAGCCAGCCAUAACCAACGACUGGUGGAGCAGCUAGCAGAGGCUGUGACACUGGAGCACUCCUUGAGGACUGAGAUUCGCUCUCUCAGAGAAGAGAUGGAAGAAUCGUCUUUUAGUCGAAAUAUCAGCUUCACACAAUUAGGGAGCAUACAAGCAGAGAACAAAGUUUUGCAGGAGCGGCAGUCGCACAUGGAGGCACAGCUGAAAGCCUCCCAGGAAGACAGCCAAAGACUCAGAACGGAGAGAGACGGACUGAGGGACAGACUGUCUGAAGUCCAGAUGAAACUGAAAGAGAAAGAAGCGGAGAUAGAGCAGGAGCAGGGAGUGGUGUUUGAGUUGCGCACCUUGAAUCGCUCCCUGCAGCAAAAAGCUUUGAACCUGGGAGAAGAGAGCAUCCUGGACAGUUCACACACACAACCUUUGUCUCUGCUCAGUGAAAUUCAGCAAUCACAGGCUAAAGAGGCCCUUCUAGCUCACUCCACAAUCCUGCAAGCAAGAGAUGAAGAAAUACAAGCACUGAAAGAGGAGCUGCAAUCUCAACAAGAACAACUUGAGUCUCUGAGGGAAGAAAUCCAGCCUUUCAGAAGCAGUCCUGAUAAGCCAAGCUACAGCUCGCUGGAGAGUGAACUGGCCACGGUGCGUCAGGAGAAAGAAACACUGACUCAGCAGCUUCUCAACACCAUCCAACACAAAGUAGCGCUGUCUCAGGAGCUGGACGCCUGGCAGGAGGACAUGCGGUUGGUGAUCAACCAGCAGGUGCAGCAAAGAGAGGAGGAGAGGCAGAAAGAAAUCCAACGAGAGAAGGACAACACCGUAGGACUCCAAAGAAGCAAGUCUUUGAAAGUGAAGGGAGAAAGAGGGAAAGGAUUCUUCUCUUCUUUUUUCAAAGAAAAAUAACACCGGCAGCAGUUUACGUGUCACAUACAUAUCAGCCUUUCUCUUUUGCCACUUUAAGCCUUUUGUUGGACGCUAUAAUGUGACUUCAGAAUCAACAACUGAAAUGUUUACAGACCUCAUUUUUGAACGUAUUUGUAUAUAUGUAUGUAACAUGUAUGUACAGUAAUUAGUAAUUUCAGAGUUUAUAUUAAAAUACUUGAAGACACAACAGA